CGUUCAUCCACAUUGUUGUCCCUCCGAUUGGUGGUCAUCGUCGGGAAGGGAGGUUUCAGCACAGGGGGCUUUCUUCCUGUGCAGUUACAUUUUUGAUAUAUUGGCUGGCUGAUGUAGUGAGACGUGAGGAUGCUGAGGGUGAUUCGGCUCUAAAACAGCUUCCCCGCAUAGUUAAAGCCCGCCUGCUACCUAGCUAUUUACAGAACAAUAGCAGGAGCUAUAAUGUAUCACUUUUGAUAUAGAGAUAUGUGUCUUGCUAUUUGUAGUUUUUUUGCCGAUGGUCGAAAAAUUACUAAUACUAGCAUUUCCUACUAUAUAUUUAUUUGGAGAAGGUUCCUAUUUGGCCAAACUGGCUCCGAAAUCACCACAGCUCGUCAACUGCGUCAACCAACCUGAUGUUUCCUACUCGAAUGCUCUGGGGGAAUAGAGUUAACAGAGUUGAGCUGUCGUCAUCCGUCUUGCCUCAAGCCCCCAGGUUUUGCCUUCACACCUUUGAUAAACUUUCCCAAGAUAAUCUAGCUACCUAGCAGUUGAGGGCGUUCUCCGGAGGGAAGAGUUGGAAAAAUACCUUAUUUGGGCAUCAGGGUUUGGUACUUGGAUCUACAACCCAUUGUCAUUGCAACUGCCAGCGUCAAAUGCCCAAGGCAAUAACCUAUGACCUCACUAGCCCCCAAGUACUCUUGACAGUGGAAGGCGAGCUGGGUGGAAAGGGGGCGAAAGGGGGGCGAAAUUGGGGUGGAGGUAAUUGAACAUAUAAGGAGCUGCCGCGUCCAUCCGGACAGCUGGGCGAAUAGAGAAUGAAUUAGCAAAGCCUAAGUCACAUAUAUACGCAGGCAUUUUUAAUUUGUAAAUAAACCCUCAGAAAUACCAUUCGCAAUCAUGUCCGGAAUCGAGGAUACCUGGAACACAGCUCGCCGCGCACAGCAGGCAGCAUCACAGAACAACCCGUUACAGCCCACUCAGGGCACACAGGAGGGCGACAUACAGGGCAUGCAGGGCUCCCAGGGAAUUGGCCAGGGCAAUAUGCCCCCCUCUAGCACCUACGGUGCGCAGCCCACUGAGGGCUACGGUGCCGCUGGUCAACAAUACGGCCAGCCCACAAUGGGCCGUAGCACCCAACCGAUGUCGUCUCAAAUGGGUCAACGCCAGCAGGGAACCCAAGGCUUGGGAGGCCAAGGCAUCCGCGAACAGGGCUUAGGAAGCCAGAACAUCGGGAACCAGGGACUAGGAUCCCAGGAAGCAGAGUCUGAAGGAUGGCAGGGUAAGCCUGCGGAAGGACCAGGGAUGAAACGCGGUUCGCAGUCCUCAGAGGCUUCCGAAUAUAGCCAGGCAUCCCAGGAAGAACACGGUGACAAGUCAGGCGGCGGUGGUCUCCUCCGGAAAGCCAAGGAUAAGUUGUCUGGCGUCCGCUAAGUUGGAAUCUGGCGAACUGGGAGGUGGAUUGGAUAAGCUAGAAGUAAAAAGUACUUGCAAAUUGGAUAGUGGAGGUAUGGAUUUCAUUGUUGGAUAUUUGUUAGUCCCUUUUGCAUGUCAAUUAUAGUCAGUAAUAGUGUGACGCAAAAUUGCUCACCCGAAAAGCAAUAAAAAUAAAAAAACUCUGCCAGUGACGGCAAAAAUGUGAGCAAACAUGUUUUAUAAUGUUGAAAAUGUUCGUUCGUCUUGUAGGUACAUUGACAUAAUUUAGACAGGUAGGAUAUAUACGAUAGUGCCCAAAUAUCUAUUUAUAUAUACAAAAAAGAAAAUACGACGCGGAUUUAUUCGUUCGACCACUCAGGCUUCUUCUUCUCGGCGAAUGCGGU